AAAGGCUCAUCAGUGAACAUUUCUUGCACAUACUAUCACACAGAUCCUGUUGUGUCAAAAUUCUGGUUCAGACCUGAUCGUAGUCAUUGGUUGAGAACUCACUUUCUACUAUGGGACCUUAGUAAAGACUCCCAGCAUGCAGAUCGUUUUCAGUUCCUUGAAAGAGAGAAAGGACACUCCACUCUGAGAAUCAGUGACUUGAGAAAGACUGACUCUGCAGAAUAUCGCUUCAAAUUCACAACGCAAUCAUUUCAAUGGGGAAACAUUUCACCUGGAACAACUCUGACUGUCACAGAUCCAGAUGUACAGGUACAGGUGGUUUGGUCCUCCACUAGCCCACAGCUGAUCUGUCAGAGCAGCUGUUUUCCUUCUGGUCAUUCAUUCUUUGUCUGGUAUAAGAAUGAAGAGGAAAUUCUUGGAGAAUCUUCUUCCUUAUACACAAAAUAUGCUGAUGGUCCCGACAGCUACUCCUGUGCUUACGAGGGUCACCGCUCUAACCCAGUGUACGCUCCAAAGGUUCCCUCGGUGACGAGGACAGCUCCUGGUGACAUCAUGAAGGGCAGUUUAGUGUCUCUGACCUGCAGCAGUGAAGCUAACCCAUUACCUAAGUAUUCCUGGUACAGGAAGGCUCAAACACUGGUCAGUAAAGAAAAACAGCUGUUCUUCCAGUCCAUCCAACCCUCUGAUUCUGGAGAAUAUUACUGUACAGCUGAAAAUGUGCUGGGAAAGAGGAUAUCUGAAUACAUCUUCAUUAAUGUAAAAUAUGGUCCAAAGACGUCCAUUGUGUUAAUGACACCUUCUGGUAUGAUAGUGGAGGGAGAUUCAGUCAAUCUGACUUGUAGCACUGAUGCUAACCCAGCAGCUAAACACACCUGGUACAAGGAGAACCAACCCCUGCUUGCAAGCCCAGUAAGCAUCUAUCAUUUCACUGCCAUCAGCUCAGAGGACAGCGGGAAUUACUCAUGCAAGUCUGAGAAUCAGUAUGGACAGAUAACCUCAAAUUCUCUAUUCAUAGAUGUUAAGUAUCCUCCGAGGCUUCCCUCUGUGUCAGUGAGUCCCUCUGCUGAGAUAGUGGAGGGCAGUUCAGUCACUCUGACCUGUAGCAGUGAUGCUAACCCAGCAGCUAAUUACACCUGGUACAAGGAGAAUGAAAGCUCACCAAAAGCAUCAGGACAGAACUUCACUAUUACUGAUUUUAGAACUGAACACAGUGGGAGUUAUUACUGUAAUGCCCAGAACUUAAGAGGACAACAUAGGUCCACCUUACAUCUGAUUGCUGUAGCAAGUACACGGAAAGCAGCAGUUACUGGUACAAUCACUGCUGUUUUCCUUGCUAUCACACUGGUCAUGGUCUUCCUGUGCAUUAGAAAAUGUAAGUGGUUCACACAACAGAGUAAAGAUGGAGAGAAACCGUCCAGUGAAGAACAGGUGAGAAAGUAUUCCACUGUGAAAGAAAAACACUUUAAAAACACACCUUAAAAUAAAGCUGUCACCUUGGAGUGAUUUUGGAGCAUUGUAAUCUCAGCACAAU